AUGUCUGUGUGGGUCAUCCAGACCCAGCUUGGCCUAGCUAAAGGGCGUGCCUACGCUACGUGCAGCAAAGAAGACACACCGGCGGGUACGGUCGUGUAUACGCUGCGUGGCCGUGACCCGUUCAACCGGCCCGUGACGUACAGCGUAUCCGGUGACGUGCUCAGCGUCAACCCCGUCACCGGCGACGUCACCCUCGUCAAGCCCGUCGACAGAGAGACCACGAGGGUCAUAGAGACCAUCAUUACCGUGUCUGUUGAGCCCGAGGGCGGAGCGGCUCCGAUCAUCGUGCCUUUGAAACGACAGGUUCCUGUUGAAGACGUCAACGACAACGUCCCUGAAAUCGGCGACAGGCUAAAUUUGACCUUUGAGCCCGAGGGCGGAGCGGCUCCGAUCAUCGUGCCUUUGAAACGACAGGUUCCUGUUGAAGACGUCAACGACAACGUACCUGAGUUCGUGGGAGGCCCGUACAAGUUCACAGUGGAAGAGUCGACGUCGGUUGGAGCGACGUUGUUCAGUGACGUGACCGUCACUGACCUAGACGCUGGCCCCAACAGCCAAAUAGACGUGCUCUGUGACGUUGCCCAGUCACGUGAGCUGGUACAAGGUACGCGCGUGCUACGUGUACGUGUGCGUGAUGCUGACGAAGGAACACCUCGUCCUCUGUCGCUGUCCCUGGAGGGCGACGUGAAGGGAUACUUCGUCCUGCAGGACGUGCACGAGGACGACGAGGGUGUCACCAACGCUGUCAUCGUCACCUCCAACGUCCUGCUAGACAGGGAGGAUCCUGACGUCAUGAACAACGGCGGGAUUUAUUCCUUCUCUAUUAAGGACGAGCGGCCUGUGUUCCUGAACAGCCCCUACAGCGCCACCGUCAGGGAGGGCGUCGCCAGCUCACGUGAGCUGGUGCAAGGUACGCGCGUGCUGCGUGUACGCGUGCGUGAUGCUGACGAAGGAACACCUCGUCCUGUGUCGCUGUCCCUGGAGGGCGACGUGAAGGGAUACUUCGUCCUGCAGGACGUGCACGAGGACGACGAGGGCGUCACCAACGCUGUCAUCGUCACCUCCAACGUCCUGCUCGACAGAGAGGAUCCUGACGUCAUGAACAACGGGGGGAUAUACUCCUUCUCUAUUAAGGCUGAGGAGGUCGGGGGGUCAGAGAGCGACGUGGCGACGGCCGCGGUGACGAUCGUCGUCACGGACGCUAACGACGAGCUGCCUGUCUUCAGCGCUGACCAGGUGCACGUCAGCGUGGGGGAAGAUCUGGCGAACGGUACCCCGCUGUCGGGACUUGACCUCACAGUAGCGGAUGGGGACUUGGGUGAGAACGCUAAGUUCGACUUAAGUUUGGAAGACGUGUUCCCCAGCGGCAGCGCGGGUGUCUUUAGUGUGUCCCCCCAGACUGUUGUGGGACGGUCACCCGUCAUACUUAAAGUAUACAGGUGAGGCUCUCAGUCUUACAGAUCGUCGGUGAGCGAGUCUGCCAAGCCUGGCACAUCCAUUGGGCAGAUCACCGCUAAGGACGCUGACUCUGGUGACUUCGCUCAGCUCAGCUACUCGCUCAAAGGUUUCGGCAGCGAAAAGUUCCGCGUAGACCCCGACACUGGCGAAAUUUUCCUGUCUUCAUGCGGUGGUCUGGACACUUGUCUGGACUAUGAACGUCAGGCUUCCUACUCGCUGACGUACGUCGCUACAGACGGCGGAGGACGUGUGACGUCAGUUAACCUCUUCGUUGACGUGCUCGACGAGAACGAUAACUCACCGAUGUUCUCACAGCUCGUCUUCCGACGAACUGUUGACGAGGGAGCUACGGAGUUCGUUCCUCCGCUCAUGGUUGAGGCGACGGACGCUGACGGCGAGCAGCAGGGCGCUGGCCGAGUGUUGUAUGCCAUACAAGAUGGCAACACCGACGAUCAGGUCUUCAAGAUUGAUCCUGACACUGGUGAAGUGACCGUGCGACGACCGCUGACGUAUCUUGAUACUCCAUCAUCAUCAUACUCCAUCACUGUGAGGGCAUCUGAUGCAGGGACUCCGCCUCGGUUCACGGACGUACGCGUCCUGAUCAAAGUUGGGCGCCAGACGAACAAGGCGCCCAGGUUCCUACAGAAGUCCUACACGGCAAGGAUAUACGAGACGGCCCAGCCAGGGUCUCUGGUGGAGACGGUGCAGGCGAUGGACCCAGACGGCGACGCUAGUGCAGGCGACAUCAGCCUGUACAGGCUGGGGCGAGGAGCAGGCGACACGUUCGUCAUCGACGCCGCCACAGGCGACGUGAAGCUCGCCCCCCUCGCCCACCUCGACCGCGACCAGACCGACCAGUACCUGAUCGAGGUGCUGGCAGUAGACCGGGGUGAAGAUGUCCCCCAGACCGCCACGGUCACGCUCACCGUCGACGUUCUCGACGUCAAUAACAAACCUCCUGCAUUUGUUCAACCCUCGUACACGGCGCACGUCAGCGAGCGCCUGCCGCUGGGGUCGCCGGUGCUGACGGUGAGCGCCAGGGACCCUGACGAUGACGCUGAGCUGCGUUACGACGUGCGGGACGAAACAGCGCUGCAGCCGUACUUCCUCACGGUGACCGUCACGGACGUUAACGCUACGUUAACAAACGUUAACGCUACGGACGUAAACGCUACGGACGUCGCACCCAACCAGACUGCGUCCGCGGAAGUGACGGUAUACAUACAAGCAUUCAGCGACAAGAACCCGAUAUUCAGCGCCCCCUGGACGCCCGCGCACCCGCUGCUGACGGUGCAGCUCAGGGAGGAAGAGCCUUUAGACAAGCCUGUCUUUGCCGUCACUGCCAAAGACCCCGUCUCAGGCCAGCCCGUUAGGAGGUACGCGAAAGUACCGGACUCGGACCCCGACAACAUCUUCUCCGUCGCCCCCAUCACCGGGCAGGUCUCUCUCAACCGCAGGGUGGACUAUGAAGCCUCAGAGACUAAG